GUUGAGUCCUGUGUGAGUGUGUUUGUGUGUGUGUGGCCGAGAGGGUGCACUUUGACAAGAGUUAUGAACUUUGCUCAGUGAUCUGUGAAUUGUUCGAAGACCAACAACCUCUUCUUCUCCGCACAUUCUGUCUUCUAGUUCAACAAAUUUCGUGAAUCAUGUCUGACUCGGCGGAAUCUUCAGGCCAGGGCAAGACCAGCCCGGUCAAGUAUUUUAUUUCGGGCGGCUUUGGUGGUGUGUGCACAGUACUGAGUGGACACCCUUUAGACACUAUCAAGGUUCGGCUUCAAACUAUGCCCAAACCUGCUCCCGGACAACUACCUAUGUACGCCGGGACGUUUGACUGUCUGACGAAAACAGUCAAGCAGGAGGGAGUUCGUGGGCUGUACAAAGGAAUGGCCGCACCCCUAACCGGCGUUGCCCCUAUUUUCGCCCUCAGUUUCUUUGGAUUCGGUCUGGGAAAGAGGCUGCAACAGUCUGCCGAAGGGGAAGAAUUGUCCUUGGUCCAAUUAUUCAAUGCCGGUGCUUUCUCUGGCGUUCUAACAACUGUCAUCAUGGCUCCUGGUGAGCGCAUCAAAUGCUUGUUACAAGUACAACAAGCUGGUACAGGACCUGCCAAGUACGCUGGGCCAAAAGACUGUGUGAAGCAGCUGUACAGGGAAGGCGGUCUUCGUAGUAUUUACAAGGGUUCAGUGGCGACCCUCUUGCGAGAUGUUCCAGCAAGCGGCAUGUACUUUAUGUCGUAUGAUGUUAUUCAGCGCAGCUUGAAGAAAGAGGGACAGGAGAUCGGUCUUCUAUCAACAAUAUUUGCUGGUGGUAUGGCUGGCAUUGCCAACUGGGCAGUCGGCAUGCCUGCAGAUGUGAUCAAAAGCCGUCUGCAGACUGCUCCUGAGGGUACUUAUCCUAAUGGAAUUAAGGAUGUCUUCCGCAGUCUCCUGAAAGAAGACGGACCUCGAGCAUUCUAUAAGGGUGUCGUUCCAGUAAUGCUGCGUGCCUUCCCUGCUAAUGCUGCUUGUUUCAUUGGAUUUGAAGUUGCUAUGAAUGCCCUCAAUUUACUUGCCCCUAACUUGUGAUGAACAAAAAGUAUAUUUACCGAUAGUAUGCAACCGAUGCCAUAAUUAAGUUAAAGACGAUAAAAAUUUCGUUUUUGUCAACCAUUUAGAGAAUUGUGUUUUAAGACAUAAGUUUUUCUAAUGCAUAUGAUGGCAGAAAUGUCUGUAGCUGUGUGCAGGGUAUUUUUCAUUCUUAAUUUGGUCCAAAUCACAAAAACAUCACAUCUGCUUUGUCCAGGAUGUAUGAAAAGACUGUCAAUGCCUUCACAUUGUUUUUAUUUUUUGAUUAAUUAAGGAGCCUAUGUAAUUCUUUUGAAUUUCAGUAUUGCAGUGUGCUUUAUGCAUACUGUAUUGUUAUGGCACUCAAAAUGAGUUGUCAGUUGUGAUAACAUGUAAAUUAAUUAUAUUUUUCUAAAAUUUCAUGUUAAAGAUUGUACUGUAACUCUCUUUUUUUAUUUCUGUUUUGGUCCAUGCGGGGUAUUCUUUGUUUCUAAAAUAUUGAGGCAGGUCGUGAACAAGUUUGAUCCUUCAACUGUUCUUAAUUUCAAAUGUAACUUUUAUAUAAGUGCUUUUAAUAACCUUGUGUUCUUGUUUUCUUAAAUUUAUCGAUGUGUGGAUUGUUUGGUCUUGCUUUAUUUAUUAUGGUGCUUUAAAGAGUGGGAUAGAUGUUUCAUACUUAAUUGAAAAUGUCUGUUACGGGUCUAUAUAGAACUUUUUGUAACUUGCCUGAAAACGUACUGUCUUGUCUGUCUAUUAAUGUUCUAAUGAAAUUUGCUUUGUAUUUUAUCAUGUUGUUAUAUUUGAACAAUGAAAGUGUAAAGCUC